UUGUCGGGUAAAGUUGCUCGUCGUCUGUCAAUGAAAAAAGGUCGAUGUUUUAAAAACGGUGUGCAUUCUCUGUGUUCCGGCGUCAGCUAGUCAGAAAAAGUGUCAUAUUUGUAAUUCGAAUUAGAAAAAGGUGGAUCUUUAGUUUAAUUUUUAAGUAAAGACCUUGGGUGUGUUUUUAUUAACUGUGGUAGAAAGAUAUAGAUACAGUGAUGGUGAUGGCCAGUGGGGGUGGCGGGAUGGUGCAGUCCCCGCCAGACAUGCUUCACCACCACAAUAUCAUGGACACUUCCUCACACGUCGAAAUGAUGCCGAAAAAACUACGUCUCUCGCUCUGUGUGGGCUGCGGGGGCCAGAUCCAUGACCAGUACAUCCUCAGGGUGGCUCCUGAUCUGGAGUGGCACGCUGCCUGCCUCAAAUGCCAAGAGUGCCGCCAGUUCCUGGACGAGUCGUGCACGUGUUUCGUGAGAGACGGGAAAACGUAUUGCAAGAGGGAUUACACUAGGUUAUUUGGAACAAAAUGUGACAAAUGCGGAGCGUCUUUUAGUAAGAAUGACUUCGUGAUGCGAGCGAAAACGAAGAUAUACCACAUAGACUGCUUCCGAUGCUGCGCUUGUGCGAGGCAACUUAUACCUGGUGACGAAUUUGCAUUGCGGGAAGGCGGCGCGCUAUAUUGUAGAGAAGACCAUGAUGUAUUAGAAAAGAGCGGCAAUACCAGUGGCAGCAGCGGCAACAGCAACACGGAGAGCAAUAACAACACGACACUCAGCAACAACAAUUCGCAUCAUCCACACGAACUAGGGUCAAUGUCUGAUUCAGGCAGUGAGUCAGGAUCUCAUAAGAGCGGCAGAGCCCGCGCUGGCGCCGCGGCUGAUGGGAAACCAACCCGAGUACGGACAGUUCUCAACGAAAAACAAUUGCAUACGCUCAGGACGUGCUACGCAGCAAAUCCUCGACCGGACGCUCUGAUGAAGGAGCAGCUAGUGGAGAUGACCGGUCUCAGCCCUCGCGUCAUCCGAGUCUGGUUCCAGAACAAGAGAUGUAAGGACAAGAAGAAAACCAUGCAGCUAAAGAUGCAGAUGCAGCAAGAGAAGUGUAAAAUAUUCCAGCAGGAAGGAAGAAGACUGGGUUACAUGUCGAUGGGAGUCCCGCUUGUGGCGGGCUCGCCGGUCAGGCACGAACCGGCGCCUGCGCCUGGGGGACUAGCGCUCGAGGUGACUGCGUACCAGCCUCCAUGGAAGGCGUUAUCGGACUUCGCCCUACAUGCGGAUCUGGACAGAGCUCCUCACCACAGUGCAGCCUUCCAGCAUCUUGUCAAUCAGAUGCAUGGUUACGAUGUACCCUCGCUACCCCCACCCCGCCCGCAUGGCCAUGGCUCGGUUGAAGACAACUACGUCACUUACCUUGAAAGCGAUGACAGCUUGCCCCCGUCACCCUAGUGCCGUCUCAGCUAACGCCCUACUUUACAGAGGGACGGAUAUAUGUAAUGAACUGUGUCACGCUCACGACAGUGCCGUCUAAACAAGGAAGACAGACGGGUGUAUCCAGUGAUUUGACAGGAUACUGCCGUCUUAAGCGACUUGUGUAUUAUAUUAUGAAUGAAAACGCAAACUUAAUUGUCUCAAAUCUGUUUUCAUUCCCAAUGAAAACGACGGGUACAUGAGUGAAUAAUAGUUUACGUUCAUUUCAUUGUUAAAGUUUCUAUGAUUUUGACUUAUUAAAAUACUUUUGUUCUAUAGCCUAUACUUUUACUUACACUAAUUACUUCUUGAAACGUUUCUUAGGCCAAUUUUUUUUUGUGUUUUGAGGUUCUUUUUUUUGACAGCGGGCUGUAAUUAGUAUUUGAGAAAAAUAUAUUAGAUAUGAUUACACAAAUUGUUGCAUAAGACAAUUGUAGUAAGCGUGAGAGAUAAUAAAAAAAUGUAAAUAACAUUAUAAAAGGAAAUGUACAAAUAAUGCUGGUAACACAUGAGUAACAUUUUUCCUAAAACUAAUUAAAUUACAAAAUUUUGUAUGUAGCAAAGAAGUUACAUUAGCAAGUUGCGAGCAAUUUAUAAAGUAAACUCUUAAACACAUUUUAAACAAAUUAACCUGAUUUGUGUUUAACUAAAAUUUUAUAUUACUAUAAUGAUCUACAUGUAUUGAUCUUAUGUAAGCAUUAAUUUUACAUUAUGGCAAUUAAUAAUAGUUUUUAUGUCUUUUUUCAUUAAUUUUAUUAUUAAUUUUAUUUUAUUAUUAUACAUUGCUCGCUCUAUAGCUAAUACAACAUCUAUGGUGUCUACCUUUUAAAACGUGAUUUUGUUUCGUUAACUAGUAAAAGUUUACCAUUAGAUAAAAUAAUAUUAGUAGGUAUAUAUUCAGAACUUGUAAGUAAAUAAAGAUCUGUCUAUAAGUAUUGUAUAUAAAAUGUAAAUAUUCUGUACAAAUUAUAUAUAAAUAGUGUUAUGUAUUUGUAAAUUCAAAUAUUAGAAUAAUAUUAAAUUUUUGGCGGACAAUUCAAGUUGCUUUAAAUAUUCCUUUAAGUACCUAUAAUAGUGUGCAGUACACCAUAAAUUUAGCUUGCUCUAGUUAAAAUAAAAAAAAAUGAUUAAUGCGAUAUUAUCACUGACCUGUAUAAAUACCACUGGAAAGGCAGUUCCAUAUGUUUGACAGCAAUUUUAUUGUGCCAUUCGACAGCGUCCAGAGAACUAAUUUUGACGUAUAAUACAAAUGGCGGCGUACAAUACUCUGAAGUAUUUUUACAUUUUAAAUUAAUUUCGUUCGUUAUUUAUACUUCAAAAAUCAUUGUAAUAAAGUACACAAAUGUUUUUUUGUAAAUAAACUUCCUUAAAGGCCGACAACGCUCUUGUGAUUCCUCUGGUGUUGCAAGAGAAUGUGAGCGGCGGUGAUCACUUUAACACCAGGUGACCCGUACGCUCGGUUGUCCUCCUAUUCGAUAAAAAAAAAAUAUAGUUUUCUACCAUCUAUGUUGUCCACUAGAUUUUCAUCACUAGUUUUAGUACCGCAGACUCUCGCUACAUGGCCAACAGCGCCAAAAUGGAGAAUAUCAAACAGAAAUAAAAGCACUUUGACAGCCGCCAGUCCAGUAGAGGUCAGUGGAUAAAAUUGGUUGGCAGUAAUCGAACAGUUUUUUCGUUAAAAAGAGCAAAAUAUCGAAUUUCAAAAUAUGAGCACAGUUUUUAAAGAAGGUAUUUUAUUACCAAUAUGAAUUGCGGAAUUCCAGUGAGAAUUUAUUUUCAUUUUAUUUAAGGUUAACCCGAAACUUCGCCGAUUAUAUUAUCUUUGCUAUUUUGUUGAAUUUUAAAAUCAAAGGUAUUGAAAGGUAUUUCCAUUAUUAAAUCUAAUAUUGUUUUCACCUCUCUAGCAAGAAAAGGGCGCUAUUGCUACGUGAAAACUCGCAGCAAAAACGCUUUUUGCUAGCGUAUUAUCUCAUUGUCACAAGAAUUUAUUAUCUUAAUUAUUUCUCUUACUGUGACUUAUAACACUUUUCUCGCUAGUCGAGGUGAAAAGUUGCAUGUUUCACACCAGAGUAAUUUUUUUUUGUCUCGUGCCUUUAAAUCACUCACUACCUCAGUAGUCAAUAUUAGAAUCAUUCGCUACGCUCGUGAUUCAAUUCUAGACUACUUCGCCAAUUCGUGAUUUAAAGUCAGCACUCGCAAUAAAAUAACUUUGCUCACUUUUUGAACAAAUAACUAUUAUCUGGAAUAUCUGUCAACCGAGGACGUCAGAAACUAUUUGUUUUUAUAUUUUUCUAAUGGCGUUAGGUUCAAGUAUAUAGGAAAUUGAACCUACAGGGUAUUUAUUUGUACUGCCCACAACAAAAUAAUGUGAAGCUAUACGAACAUAAUGGAAAUAAAAUAAUUACAUUGCAAUUUUUUAUAUUAUGCUCUUGUUACAAUCCUUAUUUUUAUUUUAAUUAAGUGACGGAAAUUAAAUGAAAAAUUGUUAUUAAAUAUUAUAUUUUUAGUCAUUUCAUAUUUACCAAUUAUAAAUGAUGGCUGGCGUGGUGUGCUAUAUAAUAUGAUAGAGAUUACAGAUUAAUUUAUUAUUUGCUUAUAUAUACACUGUAUUUAGAUCGAGUAUUAUAAUAAAACAUCAAGUACCUACAUGAUAUAA